UUGCACUUUUACUAUCCCGUACAAUCAGUCUGCGGUUGGGUUGCUGUCUAACUAAACUGCGAUGUUUUAAUUGACUGUUGCCAUGGCAGCGAAGACUGACUCUUCAGGCGCGCAAUUCUACUUCGAAGUGCAAGACGACGUCGACGGUGCGUCAAACGAUCCUUUCGCCGACUUGAACUUGUUUCACAGGAUUGACUCAAGGACUCAAGUCUUUGUCGAACCCAAGAGAAAACGCGCGAAAUUUAUUAGCAAAUAUCUCAAGGGUGACACUUUGGGAGAGGGAUCAUAUGGCAAGGUGAAGGAGAUUCUGGACACUGAGACGCUUGCAAGGAGGGCCGUGAAGAUAAUGAAGAGAAGGAAGUUGAAGAGAAUUCCGAAUGGAGAACAAAACGUCAAGAGAGAAAUCCAAUUGCUCUGCAAACUCAAACACAGAAACGUGAUACGUUUGUACGAAGUAUUCGAAGACAACACGAAGGAGAAGCUUUACAUGGUCCUAGAAUACUGUUCGGGUGGCUUACAAGAGAUGCUGCAACAUGCACCAGGAAACAAGUUUACCGUGUGGCAAGCGCAUUGCUAUUUCUCUCAACUCGUAGACGGUCUGGAGUUUCUACACAGUCAUUGUGUAAUACACAAGGAUAUCAAGCCGGGUAAUCUCCUGUUGGCGUCCGAUCAGACGCUCAAGAUCUCGGAUUUUGGAGUUGCUGAGGAGCUUGGCUUGUUUGCGAAUGAUGAUAAAUGCUGGACGAGUCAAGGCUCUCCCGCUUUUCAACCUCCGGAGAUUGCGAAUGGCUGGGAGGUUUUCUCGGGAUUUAAGCUCGACGUUUGGGCAGCUGGAGUAACUCUGUACAACUUUGUGACUGGCCUGUAUCCGUUUGAGGGUGAAACUGUAUUCAAGCUGUUUGAAAACAUUGGCAUAGGCGUGUUCACUAUUCCCACAGAUAUCAAUGAAUUACUGCAAGAUUUACUAAGAGGAUUACUAACUAAAGAUCCUGAUCAUCGUUUAUCAAUACAGCAAAUACGACAACAUCCAUGGAUGAUGAAAAAGCAUCCUAAGCCGUACAAAGAUGAUAUUGUCCACAUGCCACCACUGAAUGAAAGUGAUGACAUGCAUAGAAGCAUAACGUUGAUACCAUACCUGGAAGACAUGCAUCAAGAUCUAUUUAUGACCACAAUACCAGGAGAUCAUAUGGGAGAUGAGAUUGAUGCUUCACAUCAGCAGGCAGUCACAAGACAUGAGGAUCUAACUACAAUGACUUCUAACACGUCACCACUGUUGAGCAGCGGAGAAGCAGGCGCAUCAUCAGACAAAGAAAAGCACAAAUCUUCUCCAUCUCGACGAUCAAGCAAACAAAAACGAUCAACAGAUUCCACACACCAACCAUGUAAACAACAGUAGAUGAUAACCAAGAGACUUUGAUCGCAACAAGAGGACAACACAACAGCAGGGAAACACAAAUUACUGAGUUAUGGCCUCCACUCCCAGACUCACCUACUGUGUGUUUGUAUCUUCUAUUUAUUUAUGUCUUGCACAUCCAUAUUCCUACAGAUAACGAGUGCAAUAUAUUUGUAAUACACUGUACAGCAUUCUA